CUCUUCCUACUUCUCACCCAUCUCUCUCUCUCUCUCUCUCUCUCUCUCAAUGGAUUCCAACCUGCUCCGAUCUCCGGUCACCAUUACCGUCGAUUGACAGAAACUUCUCCCCUGAAUUUCUUGAAGCUUUUGAAUCUGUGUUAUUCUAGUCUUCAUUUUAGAUUUUUGUUAGGAAGCUGUUGGAUGGCGGAAGAAGGAGAGAAAGGUGGACUGAUUCAGAAAUUGAUUGAUAUUGUAAACGAGAUAUCUGCAAUCUCUGACUACCAGUAUACAGUGAAGAAGCUUUUCUCUAAUCUAGCUAGGAGGUUAAAGCUCUUAACUCCACUAUUUGAAGAAAUCCGUGAUAUUAAGGAGCCACUCUCUGAUGAUUCUCAUCAAGCCUUGGUUUCGUUAAUGGAGGCUAUGGAAUCUGCUAAGGAAUUACUUCGAAUCGGGAGUGAAGGCAGCAAGAUAUAUUUGGUCUUGGAGAGAGAUCAAAUCAUGACAAGAUAUCAAGAAGUUACAGCUCGAUUGGAACAAGAUCUGAGUGGAAUUUCUUUUGAUAAUCUUGACAUCUCAGAUGAAGUAAAAGAACAAGUUGAGCUUGUUCUUGCUCAAUUCAGAAGAGCAAAAGGAAGAAUCGAUCCACCAGAUGUUGAACUAUAUGAAGAUCUUUCAUCUCUUUACAACAAAAACAUCAAUGUUGAAGAAGAUCCAGCUGUCUUAAACCGAUUGGCUGAAAAACUACACCUAACAGAAAUAACCGACCUUACACACGAAUCAAUAGCAUUACACGAAAUGGUAACCAUAACUGGAGAUCCAGAAGAAACUGUAGAAAAAAUGUCAUCACUACUAAAACGAAUCAAAGAUUUCGUACAAACAGAAACUCAUGAUCCAAAAGUAGAAACUUCUCAUCUUCCAAGUUGCACACAAGGAACAGUAGUCAAAAAUCUCAAGAACAGCAUCAUACCAGAUGAUUUCCGUUGCCCUAUAUCACUCGAGUUAAUGAAAGAUCCUGUCAUCGUCUCCACAGGACAGACGUAUGAGCGAACAUGUAUAGAGAAAUGGUUGGAACAAGGCCACAGCACAUGUCCCAAAACGCAACAAAAGUUAACCAGUACUGCACUCAUACCAAACUACGUAUUACGGAGCUUAAUAGCUCAAUGGUGUGAAACAAACGGAAUGGAGCCACCAAAACGAGCCAAACAGUCGGCGUCCGCCUGCACACCGGCGGAGCGUUCCAUGAUCGAAAAUCUCCUCCGUAAACUUAACUCCAUCAGCCCCGACGACCAGAGAACCGCCGCCGGAGAAAUCCGUCUCCUCGCAAAACGUAACGCCGACAACCGCGUGGCCGUGGCGGAGGCUGGUGCAAUCCCGCUACUGACUCACCUCCUCACAGCACCGGAUUCCCGGACGCAAGAACACGCGGUCACCGCUCUUCUUAAUCUCUCGAUUUGUGAAGACAACAAAGGGAGUAUUGUAUCCUCCGGCGCUGUCCCGGGGAUUGUUCAGGUGUUACGGAAAGGUAGUAUGGAAGCGCGGGAGAAUGCGGCGGCGACGCUGUUUAGUCUCUCUGUAAUCGACGAAAACAAGGUGACGAUAGGUUCGUUAGGAGCGAUUCCGCCUCUUGUGUUGUUGUUGAGUGAAGGCACACAGAGAGGGAAGAAGGACGCUGCGACGGCGUUGUUUAAUUUAUGUAUUUAUCAGGGGAAUAAAGGGAGGGCGGUUAGGGCGGGGGUAGUUCCGAUGUUGAUGGAGCUUCUGACGGAGGCACACGGCGGGAUGAAGGAUGAGGCGUUGGCGAUUUUGGCGAUACUAUCGAGCCAUCCGGAAGGGAAAUUGGCGAUAGGGAAAGCGGAGGCGGUGCCGGUUUUGGUUGAAGUUAUCGGAAGUGGAUCUCCGAGGAAUAAAGAGAACGCGGCGGCGGUUUUGGUCCACCUUUGUUCCGGUGAUCAGAAGUAUUUGGUGGAGGCUCAAGAGCUUGGGGUUAUGGGGAAAUUGAUGGAUUUGUUACAUCAUGGGACUGAUAGAGGGAAGAGAAAAGCAGGACAGUUGCUGGAAAAGAUUACCAGAUUAGUAAAACAGAAGUUGUUGGCUCCGGGAGACCACUUGCCGACGGAAGCUCAUCCGCAAUUACCGUCUAACAACUGAUGGUUUUCUCUUUUUAAUUUAGUGUACAAGUGGGGGGACCCCCUAAGCCCUUUGUUCAGUUUAUAGUUAUAUUUUUUAUUUAUUUUCUUUUUGUUUUGUGUUCUGGUCUAGAGGACUAGAAACAAAAUGACUCUGGAAUUGAGAUUUAAGAGAAAGAGAGAAAUCUCAUGGUAUUGGUGACCGGUGAGGAUUGUGCUCUGUUCUUUCGUGAUUAGGCCAAAGGGUGGCGAUUGCGUGUGCGUGUAAGUUGUAACUAGUAACUACUACCUCCAAUACUUCAACAGUUGUCACAAAAUUCACAUUUUCAUUGUUGACUCUGAUUCGAUAAUAACAUGGGU